AUGCGGUCCAAACACUUUAAAAAGACACCCUCGUCCACUACCCGUCCACCUUCCCUCGUCCACUUUCCCUCGUCCACUUACUCCUCGUCCACUUACUCGCUACUUAUCUCGCCCACUUACCUCGUCCACUUACUCUGUCCACUUAUCCUCGUCCACUUACCCUCGUCCACCUACCGUCGCCCACUUACCCUCGUCCACUUACCCUCGUCCACUUACCUCGUCCACUUUCCCUCGCCCACUUACCUCGUCCACUUAUCCUCCGUCCACUUACCUCGUCCACUUAUCCUCGUCCACUUACCCUCGCCCACUUACCUCGUCCACUUAUCCUCGUCCACUUAUCCUCGUCCACUUACCUCGUCCACUUACCUCGUCCACUUACCUCGUCCACUUACCUCGCCCACCUACCUCGUCCACUUACCUCGUCCACCUACCUCGUCCACCUACCCUCGUCCACCUACCCUCGUCCACCUACCUCGUCCACCUACCCUCGUCCACCUACCCUCGUCCACCUACCCUCGUCCACCUACCCUCGUCCACUUACCCUCGUCCACCUACCUCGUCCACUUACCCUCGCCCACUUACCUCGUCCACCUACCCUCGUCCACCUACCUCGUCCACCUACCUCGUCCACCUACCUCGUCCACCUACCGCUGUCCACCUACCCUCGUCCACCUACCCUCGUCCACUUACCCUCGUCCACCUACCGUCGUCCACUUACCUCGUCCACUUACCUCGUCCACUUACCUCGUCCACUUUCUCCUCGUCCACUUACCCUCGUCCACUUAUCCUCGUCCACUUACCCUCGUCCACUUAUCCUCGUCCACUUACCUCGUCCACUUACCCUCGUCCACUUAUCCUCAUCCACUUAUCCUCGUCCACUUACCUCGUCCACUUACCCUCGUCCACUUACCCUCGUCCCACUUACCCUCGCCCACCUACCCUCGUCCACUUACCUCGUCCACCUACCUCGUCCACUUACCUCGUCCACCUACCUCGUCCACUUACCCUCGUCCACCUACCUCGUCCACUUACCCUCGUCCACUUACCCUCGUCCACCUACCUCGUCCACUUACCCUCGUCCACCUACCCUCGUCCACUUACCCUCGUCCACCUACCUCGUCCACUUACCCUCGUCCACCUACCCUCGUCCACUUACCCUCGUCCACUUACCUCUCGUCCACCUACCUCGGUCCACCUACCUCGUCCACCUACCUCGUCCACCUACCCUCGUCCACCUACCUCGUCCACCUACCUCGUCCACUUACCUCGUCCACCUACCCUCGUCCACUUACCUCGUCCACUUACUCCCUCGUCCACCUACCCCGUCCACCUACCUCGUCCACCUACCUCGGUCCACCUACCUCGUCCACCUACCGUCGCCCACCUACCUCGUCCACCUACCCUCGUCCACUUUCCUCGUCCACUUACCCUCGUCCACCUACCUCGUCCACCUACCCUUGGGGAAUCCCCGCCGCCAUCUUGGAGGGCGGUCCAGCCAAGCAAGGGAAGAUUGCAACGUAA